AUGUCAAUCUGUUGUUUCACCAACCUAAAAAGGACUGAUGUUAUGUUUGUGCGCAUACCUCGUGUAGCACAUAGAGAGUCCGCUGUGCGCAUACCUCGUGUAGCACAUAGAGAGUCCGCUGUGCGCGUGCCUCGUGUAGCACAUAAAGAGACCGCUGUACACGUGCCUCGUGUAGCACACAGAGAGUCCGCUGUGCACGUGCCUCGUGUAGCACAUAGAGAGUCCGCUGUGCACGUGCCUCGUGUAACACAUAGACAGUCCGCUGUGCACGUGCCUCGUGUAGCACAUAGAGAGUCCGCUGUGCGCGUGCCUCGUGUAGCACACAGAGAGUCUGCUGUGCACGUGCCUCGUGUAGCACAUAGAGAGUCCGCUGUGCGCGUACCUCGAGUAGCACAUAGAGAGUCCGCUGUGCACGUGCCUCGUGUAGCACAUAGAGAGUCCGCUGUGCACGUGCCUCGUGUAGCACAUAGAGAGUCCGCUGUGCACGUGCCUCGUGUAGCACAUAGAGAGUCCGCUGUGCACGUGCCUCGUGUAGCACAUAGAGAGUCCGCUGUGCACGUGCCUCGUGUAACACAUAGACAGUCUGCUGUGCACGUGCCUCGUGUAGCACAUAGAGAGUCCGCUGUGCGCGUGCCUCGUGUAGCACAUAGAGAGUCCGCUGUGCGCGUGCCUCGUGUAGCACAUAGAGAGUCCGCUGUGCACGUGCCUCGUGUAGCACAUAGAGAGUCCGCUGUGCACGUGCCUCGUGUAACACAUAGACAGUCCGCUGUGCACGUGCCUCGUGUAGCACAUAGAGAGUCCGCUGUGCGCGUGCCUCAUGUAGCACACAGAGAGUCCGCUGUGCACGUGCCUCGUGUAGCACAUAGAGAGUCCGCUGUGCGCGUACCUCGAGUAGCACAUAGAGAGUCCGCUGUGCACGUGCCUCGUGUAGCACAUAGAGAGUCCGCUGUGCUCGUGCCUCGUGUAGCACAGAGAGAGUCCUCUGUGCAAGUGCCUCGUGUAGCACAUAGAGAGUCCGCUGUAUUGCACGUGCCUCGUGUAGCACAUAGAGAGUCCGCUGUGCACGUGCCUCGUGUAACACAUAGACAGUCCGCUGUGCACGUGCCUCGUGUAGCACUUAGAGAGUCCGCUGUGCGCGUGCCUCGUGUAGCACAUAGAGAGUCCGCUGUGCGCGUGCCUCGUGUAGCACAUAGAGAGUUCGCUGUGCGCGUACCUCGAGUAGCACAUAGAGAGUCCGCUGUGCACGUGCCUCGUGUAGCACAUAGAGAGGCCGCUGUGCACGUGCCUCGUGUAGCACAGAGAGUCCGCUGUGCACGUGCCUCGUGUAGCACAUAG